AAAUAACAAUGUGAUAAUAAAUUAUGGUAUCCAAUGCCAAAAUUUUCUUCGCGGUCUUAAUUAAAAAGAAAAAUAGAUAUAUAGCCUAUUGCUCAUUAAUAUUGUUGACUUUCCUUUUUCUGAUGUAUGAUUCAAAUUGGAAUAUGGCACCCAGUACCAGAACAAAUUCCUGGACAUCCUACCCAAGAUUCUACAAAAAACACGUAUGGAAUAAAGUUAAGAACGCUUUCGAUUUUAGGAAAAACAUUGUUUACGAUCGUAAGAAAAAUGAUAACUCACUAAAAGGCUCGAGCAGUGAAUCGCUAAAAUCAUUCGAUGACACUGGAGGGGUAACAUGGAUAGAAUCUCACAGCAUUUUGAAUCAAGUCCUAUCACCACAGCUGAUUCAAGCAUGCCUUCAUUCAACAAGCUCCCAUAAUGAAUUCCAUAUUUCAAAUUCGAAUCCCUAUAUCAAAUUAAAUGCUCAAUAUGCCAGUAAUUUUUUAUGGCGUCAUUUCCGAAACAAUUCUGGUGAACCUUAUAGCGGAAUAUUUUACAAAAUGAUAGCCAGAAAAUUCCCCGUCAUCGAUUUGCCCAAUUUCCAAUAUAAAAUUGACAUAAGUUAUCCCGAGUGCGAGGACAAAGAGUAUUUGAACUAUUUAGACUGUCCUCAAAAUAAUAAAGAUACACAUAUAAUACCUAUUCUGACACGGGCUUCCAAUAGUGUGGAGAUCAAAGGUACGCAGAAUUUAUUAUCAAAUAAUAGAUUAGCAAAAAUGAUUGCCUUUCUUUCUAAUGAGAUACAGACUUCAAAUUCUAAGGCUGCGGUUGAUUCGAGCACUUCUAAUAAUAGCGCAAAGACUCAAUCGGUUCGAUUCAAAGUUAAAAAGAAGACGAAACCUAUAAAUCUAAUCGUAUUAAUUCAUACCGCUCCUUCUAAUUUCGAAAAUCGUAUGUCUAUUCGGAAAUCGUGGGGAUCCGUGAACUAUAUUAAUAAAUUGAAAAAUAAAGAACCUGCUAAACCAUCACCUUAUCUAGCAAACGGUGAAUAUAAAGGACGCUUAAUAGAUUCUAUAUAUAAGACUUUGAGGGGGGAAAUGAAAUUUGAAGAAAUGAACAUAAGGCUAGUUUUUCUAACAGCUUUAAAUGCUAUGGAAGUCAAAGAGGAAGAAAGGUUGUUUAACAUGAGAAUGACAUCCCUAAAACCUUUUCCAGUGUCGCAUAAUUCUAGUACCAUAGCCCGUACCUCAAGAACUACGGAACCUCGAUUUAACUUCACUACAUAUCAACAAUCAACCAGUUUUACACAAAAAAGGCUUAAAAUAGAAGCGCGUAAAUAUAGAGAUAUCGUUCAAGGAAAUUUUGUCGACUCCUAUCAAAAUUUAACUUACAAAAUGAUCAUGGGAUUUAAGUGGAUAGUGAGUAGAUGUCCCAAGGCCGAUUACAUUUUAAAGAUAGACGACGAUGUUUAUGUAGAUAUAUUUAAGCUUUAUAUACUGAUUAAUAAAGCAACACAUUUAAAAAACGUCUAUGACGAUUAUGAACAAAACCUAAAAACGACACCUCUAGAUGUUACCGAUAUUAAUCUUUUAUUGAAUAGGCUAUUCUUGAACUCAUUGUCAUCGAAUACAACUGUAACAAAAACAGAUAUGAUCAGUAGUGUACAAAAAGAAGAUAAAGAAUGGAUUAGUGAUCUACUAACUUCUUUCACCAUUCCCAAACGAACUCUACCUGUAGAUAAAAAUUCACAUUAUGAUAAAGUCUCCUUAUUAAAUAAUAACACAUUUGCGCAAUCUAUAUGCAAGGGUUUAGCAGCGGCCUACGAAACUUUAGAUACAAACCCUUUCACCAAUAUGCUGCUAUGCAAUGUAUGGACUGAAAUGCCAGUUCUACGUGAUCAGUCUUCCAAAUGGUAUAUGAGUGAAAGUGAUUAUGUCAACAACACCUAUCCUCCAUAUUGCUCUGGUGGGGCGAUCUUGCUACCAACUAACGUUGCCUACAAGCUAAUGUUCAACGCUCCAAAUCUUAAGUAUUUUUGGAUCGAUGACAUACAUAUAACGGGGUCUCUGAUGGCCUACUCCAAGUUAUCGCUAAAAAGACUGAAUUCCCGUUUUACAUUCGAACCUUUUCCUACCAAAAAUGAUCAAGACAUAUCUACGUGGCUCAAUGCGAAUAGUGAGGAAAGUUUCUACGAGCAACUAGGCACGAAUAAAUAUAUAUUUGGUCUUUUGUACAAUUCCAACAAUAUUCAAAAGCUAUGGAAUCAAACGUUCAAUUUUUACAUGGAUUAUUUUAUGAUAAUAUAAAUCAUGGUGCUUAAAAAAAACAAGACGAUGAUAGGAAUAUUUACGACUAUGGCUCAAAUAUUUGAGAUCUAAUCAUUAUUUUAAAGUAAAAUGGGAAUGAAUGUCCGGUGAUAGUAAA